GGUGACAAUAGGACAUGAGCAGAUGUCCAUCUUUGGUCAGUGGUAAAUAAAAGUGUUGAGGAAUGAAAUGAGGGAGUAUGUCUGUGUAUGUCUGUGUGUGCAGAUCUCUGAGGAGUAUGUAGAGGAACAUGUGGUGCUGUAGUGUCUUUUCUUCAGUGCAAAAUUCAACGAAAUGGCGUUCAGGAAUUCCUACAAUGUUUGUAUUUUCCCUUUCUGGAUUCAGCAGUAGGCUCUCUCACACACACACACACACACACACACACAGACACAAACGCAGGGAGGGACUUGGAGCGGAAAGAGCAGGGAGUCGACACCGUUAUAGCCCAACAUCUUCAGCAGAAAUAUUCCCCAAGCAGACGCUUUUUCUUCCUAAAGGAACUCAACGAUCUGCAGCUUGGAUUUUAGUUUGUGAUUCAAUUAAAAUGGCUUCGUCUCCUCAGAAAUCUCCUUCCUCUCCGAAAUCUCCGAGUCCCAGAUCACCGCCUUCCAGGAAAAAGGACGACUCCUUCCUCGGAAAACUCGGAGGAACUUUGGCCAGGAGAAAAAAGGCGAAAGAAGUUUCUGAGCUCCAAGAAGAGGGCAUGAAUGCAAUCAACCUGCCCCUGAGUCCCACUCCGUUUGAGCUGGAUCCCGAGGACACCAUGCUGGAAGAGAAUGAAGUCCGCACAAUGGUGGAUCCCAACUCCAGACAUGACCCUAAACUUCAGGAGCUCACGAAGUUUCAGGUGCCAGCACAAUCUGACAGUCAUAAGAGCAGCUUCGAACUUAGGUUUCCUAAAACAGGAAGGUUUUUGGACAUGGCUUUACACUUAUUUGUGCUCAUCGACUGGAUCAACGAUGUUUUAGUAGGAGAGCGAAUCAUUGUCAAAGAUCUAGCCGAGGACCUUUAUGAUGGACAGGUUCUUCAGAAGCUCUUUGAGAAGCUGGAAGGAGAGAAGCUUAAUGUCGCUGAAGUUACACAGUCUGAGAUUGCCCAGAAGCAGAAGCUUCAGACCGUCCUGGAAAAGAUCAAUGACACACUCAAAGUGUCCUCCAGGAACAUCAAAUGGAACAUUGACUCAAUACAUGCCAAGAGCAUAGUCGCCAUACUUCACUUGUUGGUGGCUCUGUCUCAGCACUUUCGCGCUCCAAUCCGACUCCCAGACCACGUGUCCAUACAAGUAGUUGUGGUUCAGAAACGUGAGGGCAUCCUUCAGUCUCAGCAGGUCCUAGAGGAAAUUACUGGCAACACCGAGGCACUUUCUGGAAGGCAUGAGCGUGACGCCUUCGACACCUUGUUCGAUCAUGCACCAGACAAGCUGAAUGUGGUUAAAAAGACUCUGUUAACAUUUGUGAACAAGCACUUAAACAAGUUGAACCUGGAGGUGUCUGAGCUGGACACACAGUUUGCUGAUGGUGUGUACUUGGUGUUGCUGAUGGGGCUCCUGGAAGGAUAUUUUGUCCCUCUCUACAACUUCUUCCUUACCCCAGACAAUUUUGACCAUAAGGUGCACAACGUUUCAUUUUCCUUCGAGCUGAUGCAAGAUGGCGGUUUGGAGAAGCCGAAACCAAGGCCUGAGGACAUUGUCAACUGUGACUUGAAGUCCACACUACGUGUCCUCUACAACCUUUUUACCAAGUACAGGAAUGUGGAAUGAAUUUCUUGACUGUGGCAGUCGCUUUGGAAACGACAUCCUUAUCAGUAUUAGAUGAGUUUUUGUGGAUUAAUAUUUUACAGCAUUCAGUAUUAUUUCUAUAUUCAGUAUUUUUUCACUGCUGCUCUGCAUUUGUGCAACAUGCUAGUAAAUCUUAUUAUUAUCAUUAUAGUUUACACAGUAAUAAAGGUUGCGUGAUGAAGCUAA